AUGCCGCAGCACAACAUUGCGCUUCACCACAAAUAUGGUCCGCUGACUCAAUUCUACUCAACAGCUGAAGCGUGGUACAAGGGCAAACCGUUACCGACUGUUAUCACAGCAAAGGGCCUAAACUAUCAUUCUCAAAUUCUGCACAUGGCUAGCAGUGCGUAUUCAGCAGCACCUAUGACUAGCUUUAAUAGAACCUCAGAGGUCAAGAUAGCUGUUGGCCUCAGUGCUGAGGAAGCUGCUUCGUAUCUUAAUCAGGUCGAUGACAAGGCUGAAAGGAUCUGUCUCAGGCAUAUUGGGCAACCCAAUGCACAGCAAUUACGCCGCUGCAAACAUCUACCUGGACUCGCUUGCCCGUCAUCGCCAUGCGGCUAUGUAAGAAGCGUGCUGUCCGUCGUUUUGCCGAUGAUUCUUGGCGUUGGGGUCGUGGCCGAGAACAUCGAGCUGGUGCAUGCUUUUAAGCAGAAAGGCAUGUACGGUAUUGACGAAGAAGCCCUUAUUGAGGCCUUCGAAACAGCCAUCACCUCCUCGCUCCAAGAGGCCGUCAAUGACUCUGCUGCGACUGAUAUCUUCUGGGUCGAGGAUCCUCGCUUCAGCCACGUAGUCCAUGUCGUCGAUGGUGCAGCCGGCCAACAAUCCAUCCUGGCAGCCAUCAAAGCUGCCACCUCUCUUGCAGAAGCUGUUGCUGCAGUCACGGAACGCUUCAUAGGGAAGCUGGCUCGCAAGAUACUUCUUGAGGAUGACGAAUUUGAGGCUGAUACGAAGUCCAUCGCUUUGUAUGGUAUUGAUAGCAUGAUCGGGGCUGAGCUCCGGAAUUGA